UUCGCCAUUAACGAAAAAGCUUCCAAGAAAAAGAGAAAAAAAAAAACCCCUCAACAAAAAGCCAUAGAAAGCAUCUCUCUCUCUCUCUCUCUCUCUCGGUCUCUUGCAAGCAACCAUAGCUUAAACCCUUCAACCAAUCAUCCUUCAAUCCUUCAUCCUACUGCUGGUCUCUCUGAAGGAGAAGCUUCCUCAAGAUUCAGCCAUGGCGGAAUCUGAGACUUACCCGAAGGACUACUACCCUCAGAACAGCACCGGCUCCGGCGGCGGUGGCGGCGGCACCACGAGCGUCCACGUCACGGCGCUGGACGGUCUCGUGAACGUCAACUCGCUCUUCACCAUCGCCGUCUUCGUCGGCCUCUCCCUCACCGUCCCCAACCAGCACAGCCUCGAGAACACCUCCUCCUGCGACGCCAGCAUCGACGUCGUCAAGAAGCUCCUCGUCUUCGAAGUUGUGUCGUUCAGCUUCUUCCUCUUUUCAUCCCUCGUUGCUCAGGGCCUGAAACUGGCGAUCAACCUCCUCAAUUCCAAGGACGUGGAUGAGGCCUUCCGGGCACAUAUAAACAUUAAGGCACUGAGGUUUGGGAUGAUGGGGUCAGCCUUCGGGUCUGUUAUGGGGUGUCUGUUCCUGAUGCUGUCGAUGGUGAGUGUCAUCGAGAUUAGGUUGGGGGUCUUGUCCUGCGGGAGCAAACCGGCCGUUCAUUCUGUCACCGCUCUGAUUGUUUUGGUAUCCUCUGCUCUGUUAGUCUAUAUCUCAACUGCUGUGUAUGCUUUCCUGCAGUAAUGAUCACCACUCAAUUGACAGAUUGACGAAGCAAUUAUUUCGAGACUGUUAAUGCAUCGGCAUCGUGUAAAUUUGAUCUUUAUGGUCUUGUUUACCUGCUUUGCUCUGUGAAUCAGUUCGAGUUCAUUGCAGGACUACUUACACUAUUAAAUGUUUUGAUAAAAUAGCUGUAUAUUCUCUCGA